AGAAAAACGCUCCUGGCUGCUUUAUCCACUGUGCUGGCUAGCUUUAACCCUGGGGAGCCAGUGUAGAGUAAGCGUGCCGGCUGCGCGCGCGCUACAGUUUCAUCAUCAUCAGCUGCGCCAGUUUGGUAACGCACAAGUUAUCGAAAUAGAGCAAACUUAAGGUUCAUAAAUGGGAUUAAGUUAAAAAAGAAAACAAGUUUAAUGUGGCUUUUUAUUUAUUUAUUUAUUUAUUGGACGACAUCAACGUGGACUUCUCGAUUUGGAUCAAGAGCUGAUUUCUGAGGCGGCGGGGCAAAAAUGGGUUACCCAACUCCAGCGAGAAGCUGUAAAAUAAGGAACCAUCAUGCUGCUUCCGGCAAAUAAACAUUUUCCACAGACAGAAUUACUAUUAUUAUUAUUAUUAUUGCCAUAAUAGCCCAGGUUACUACGUAUUUUUCAGCAAAGGACAAAACACCGGGAGCAUCUGUCACUUUUCACAUUCGAGACACUAACGGUCUUUUUUUUUUUUUUAGAGGAGAGUCAUUAGAAAGAAGCACCUCAGCAUAGGGAAGCAGAAAGGAGAUGACUACCGGUACUGUUCUUCUGCUCCUCAUUCUCUCUCUAACAAGUAGCCAGGCAGAGAAUGCAGAGGAGCGCCUGGUGAACUACCUGUUAAGUCCAGAGCGCUACAAUAAACUGAUCAGGCCAGCUGUCAAUAAAAGCCAACAGGUCACCAUCUCCAUACAGGUGUCUUUGUCUCAGCUCAUCAGCGUGAAUGAGAGAGAACAGAUAAUGACGACCAACCUGUGGCUGUGUCAGGAAUGGAACGACUACAGGUUGAGAUGGGACCCUGAAAAAUAUGAAGGUAUCAAGAAAUUGCGAAUACCCUCCAAACUUAUCUGGCUUCCUGAUAUAGUGCUCUACAACAAUGCUGACGGCGUGUACGAGGUGUCCUUCUAUUGCAAUGCUGUGGUCUCAAACACAGGGGACAUCUUCUGGCUCCCUCCGGCAAUCUACAAGUCGGCCUGUGCCAUCGAGGUGCAGAACUUCCCUUUUGACCAACAGAACUGCACUCUCAAGUUCCGCUCUUGGACCUACGACCACACAGAAUUAGACCUUAUCCUCACCAGUGAUUUCGCCAGCCGUGAUGACUUUACCCCAAGCGGAGAGUGGGACAUUGUCUCACUUCCGGCACGGAAAAACGAGGACCCCAAAGACAUCACCUACCUGGACAUCACCUAUGAUUUUGUCAUCAAGAGGAAGCCUCUUUUUUAUACCAUCAAUCUGAUCAUCCCCUGUGUGCUGAUCACAUCAUUGGCCAUCCUGGUGUUCUACCUGCCAUCAGACUGUAGGGAGAAGAUGACGCUAUGCAUCUCAGUGCUGCUGGCACUCACUGUGUUCCUGCUGCUCAUAUCAAAGAUAGUGCCACCUACCUCUCUAGCAGUGCCACUCAUAGGUAAAUACUUGAUGUUCACCAUGGUGCUGGUCACAUUCUCGAUUGUAAGCACUGUCUGCGUUCUCAACGUGCACCAUCGCUCACCUUCCACUCACUUCAUGCCUGACUGGGUCAAACGGCUCUUCUUAGUCCGCCUACCUACCUUCCUCCUCAUGAGGCGUCCAGGCUCUUCCAAUGUUCGUGAUAAACUCCGCCAGAAGUACGCCAAUAAGAGUAUCAUCUCUAAAACUAACACCCAAAGCAGCACAGACAAAAGGCAGCACUCCAACAUCAGACUUGGUGGGAUCCGAACUGAUGCCGACUCUUUCUACAUGAAUGAGGAUUUGGCGCACAAGUGUUGCUGGACGGCUAGUGAAAUUCCAGAGGGUGGUGGCGGUUUUUCAGACUUUCAGAGGCCUUUGGCCAAUCAAUUAGAUGCUGAUUUGGAGGAGGCAGUGGAUGGAGUGAGAUACAUAGCUGAACACAUGAAGACAGAAGAUGACGAUGAAGGGAUCAUAGAAGACUGGAAGUACGUAGCAAUGGUGAUAGACCGUCUGUUCCUGUGGAUCUUCAUCUUGGUGUGUGUGGUGGGAACUCUGGGACUUUUCAUGCAGCCCCUGUUCCAGAGCUAUAACACGCCCACUGCUGAUGACACAGAGUAUGGAGAUUUCUAGGUUUUCUCUGACUGCAACUUUGCUAUGAUCUGCUCCUGUUGGUUGAAUCUGACACAAAACCAUCCAGUGAUGGACUUCAAAUGAAGACAGAAUCAAACCAGUUGCUAAAUGAAUGGCUCGGUGUGUCUCCACCUUCAUCAAAGAAACUCCAGCCUCAUCAAAACCAUGACAUCGCUGAGCAGAUUCUGUCAAGAUGAUGAAGACAGUGUCUGUGCACAGUUCUUGCAGAAAAUUGUAUAAUGUAAAAAAGCAAAAACACAAAACUGAGGAAGAAUAUUAAUGAUUUGCAGUCUGUGUUUCAUUUUAAGCUCACUGCACUGCUGAUGAAAGUGUUUGAGGUUUUAUCUGUCUGUGCAGCGGAGAGUGACUGUUUCCUUCCAUGUUGCAGCUCCAAUGAAGCCUGCUCUCCUCUCCAGCAUCGUUGAUAUGAAAAUUACACGUACAUUUACAAUAGUAGUACAAAAGUGGAAUAUAAUUUCUUUUUUCUCUACACCAAGAUUUACUGUAACAAGGGGGAGGAUUUUGUUCUAUCCACCGUUUGUCUUUGUGAAAGUAUUAAUGCACCACUUCUCUUUCUGCCUUUUCUUGUUCUGCUUCAGAGGAUUGUGCUUUGUUUCCACAACCCACCUCCCAAGUAGUGUUGUAACUCUAAUGCAUCGUCUUAUUUUGAAAAAUGCCUGCUCUGCUCUUGGUUUCUCUCACUGUUUUUCUCACAUGCUUGGGUAUUCUCUCCUUGUCUGUCUUUUUAUUCCACAAUCACAAGGCCUGUCAGAAGAAAAGGAAUAGUUUGGGAAAAACUGAAAAAAAAAUGACAUAAAUAUUGAUAGAAGUCUUGAAAAUAUAGAUGAAAUUUCAAAUAGAUGUGACAGACUUGAUUCGGUGCAGUACACAUCACACAUCUUACUGUAUAUGAAAAAAGAAGAUGAAUUCCAGCUCUGUGUCUGUGUCCUUCUCCAACAGCUCAUUUCCAGCCAUCACUUUUACAACUGCCUUAAACUGUUGUUGGAUAUCAGAAGGUUAAAAAACUGUAGCCGCACCAUGUCACAUGUUAAUGAUCUG